CUUUUUUUUUUCUUCUCUAACAUCAAUCGCAACGCUUCGCCGGCAACAUUCAACCCUCAACCACCUCAAUCGACAGACGCAGGAUUCGACCUCUUUGCGUUCAUAAUCACACUCAGUAGCAAUGGCUCCCCAAACAAAGAAGUCCGGCAAGCAGGCCAAGACGACGAAGAAGUUCGUCAUCAACGCCCAGCAGCCUGCCAGCGACAAGAUCUUCGAUACCGCUGCCUUCGAGAAGUUCCUCCAGGACAAGAUCAAGGUUGACGGCCGCACCGGCAACCUCGGCGACGCCAUCGUCAUCCAGCAGGCUGGCGAGGGCAAGAUCGAGAUUAUUGCUCACAACGAGCUCUCCGGCAGAUACCUCAAGUACCUGACCAAGAAGUUCCUCAAGAAGAUGCAGCUCCGUGACUGGCUCCGCGUCGUCUCUACGUCCAAGGGUGUCUAUGAGCUCAAGUUCUUCAACGUCGUUAACGACGAGGCUGAUGACGAUGAGGACUGAAUGGACAUGGAAUUAUGACGAAUGGGGGAAAUUGGCGAUUGUGCAUGGACUCUGCGUAGGACAGGCACUUCGAUGCUAUGACACAUAGACUUGAAUCCCCAGGAAUAAAAUCGCCAU